UAUUUUCUUAUUCUCCACAAAACGCUCCUAAAAAAUCCUCAACUUCAACUUUGUUUCUGUCAUGAAUUCAUCUUUUGGUAUAGCUUCAUGUUCGCCGUACCCGAGGCUUCAAUUUUUGCAGUGCUCGUAGAUUGUGUUUUCAGGUUUGUUUUGUUUUCGAGUUUUGGUCUGGUUAUUUAUUCUUUUCUAUUUGAAGUAUAUGAAUCUGAUUUCCUCACUCUUGUUACGGUGAUGUUUGUGGACUUGAAUAUUAUUUAUUUCUUUGAACCUCAUAUGAUUAUUUGUUUGUGGUUCUGUUGGCAUUUUCUUUUUGCCCGCAAGCUGUUUGAUGUGUGGUUUGCAUGAAGGAAAAAAGAUUUUGUUUACGAAAAGUGAUACUGGUAUCUCGUUUUUAUUUGUCAUUGUUAGAUAAAAUACUUGAUGUUGUACUUGAGUUGAGACUCUCCGAUCUAAUGAACUAGAAUGAAGGAAUGAGUUCUCCUCAGUCUUCACUUGGUUAAGUCCUAACAGAUUCCCACUUCAUUCCCUGAAACCUCCACCUUAGAUGUGACCCUCAUGUCUCUUCUCUUAAGUGAACUCAACUACUUUAGGAAACAAGCAAAUCAUAGUCCCCAAUGUUGUUUAGAUCCCCAUUUUCUUUAGUCUGGUUUCUUGUUGUAACUUCUUCAAUCAACUUAGAUAAUAUCAUCUUGUUAAUAGAUGCAGAGUUCCUUAUAUCAAAUUGAAGGUCUUCAUUUUCAUAAAAAAACUCCCUUCAACUUCAUGAUCUCUGCACUUCUUUAGAGGAAUGAGUAUAUUUAAUUGAAUUGAGUAUUAUUUGUAUUAAAUUGUCAAUUUAUUGUCUUUAUAGAUGGAUGAUCUAGGAGAAGAGAAAAUCCUUGCAUUGUUUAGAAGCACACAAAGACUUGAAUGGGUAUUGCUAACACUUUGGGACCAUAUAAUUAAUAACAAUUUUGUUCUAUAAAUAAAAUGAAAGAAACAUAAAGUGCUUAACAUCAGCCUAAAAAAUUAAAAUUCCAGAAAUAGAUUUGAAGUUCACUCUUUAGACAGAAACCAAAGCAAUAGUAUUUAGUUCAAAGAAAAUUUUAUAUCUCUGAUAAACAUCUGAUCUACUUUUUAGUUGGACAAAUUAUAAAAACCACUAAUGCUUUGUUUGGAUUGGAAAAUGAAUUUGACGGAGUUGGAAACGAUUAAUUUGAGAAAAAAAGAGGUGGAAGUGAGGAUUUUUGGAUCAAGGGAAAAAUAGUAAGAACAGUAAGAAAACGAAAGAAAAGUUUGUGAAUGUUUGUGAGUGAUUUGAUUUAUAUGAAUGAUAAAAAAUGUUUUAAUGGAGGAAAUUGGGAUAUAACCAAAUUGCCCAUUUGGUGGAAAUUAUUAUUGUUAUUAGUUAAAUUAUAAUUAUUAUUAUUUUAACUAUUACCAUUAUUACUGUAUUGGGAUUUGUGGGUGUGUCAACAGAUUUUGAGUUCAUCAACCUAAUUUAAGAGAUAAAGGAUGAAGAGGUUCAUGUUCGGCCCAUAAAAAAGCUAUAGGCCUAAUAACUGAUUUUUCACUAAAAUAGACAAGUUCGGCCCAAUCUUAUGCCCAUGGCAUGAGUUCAAUAUUCUUGUGGUCUUAUUUUGUAAACAUUUAACACAGAAUUAGUCCAUAGAUAUUUAAAGAGUUAAAUAGCUAAAAUAUCAGAACUUUUAGAAAUAACUUUUUCAAUUAAGAACAUGAUGGAAGCAUGUAGAGUGCCAAACUGCUUAUCAUCUUGGUAUUGGAUUUAAGUUCUGGUGGCUUUGUACAAUUUAAAAAAAAGGCCCAACAGGCCAAACUGGAUUUUUUUAACAUCCUUGGAAACUUAACCUGCUGCACCUUUUCGUAUAUCUCUGAGCACCUUUAUAUGAAUAUGUGAAAUGAAAAAAAAAGUGGCAACUCAAAAAUGGCGACGAUGAAGGAGGGAGGGAGCGAGAAAGCCUCUACCCAAUCUCUUCAACCAUCGUGAAUGAGCAGAUCAGGCUUCUGACUUGAUUUCUUGGAUUGAGUUCUCUUGUUGGAUCUGACCAUAGUUGUACAGGGAAACACUUUUCAAUUCUCAAACAAACUAAAUGACUUCGAUAACUUCCCAGUUCUCUUGGGUGCUUUCCAGUUCUUCGUCAGUAUUGGUAGCUAAUGAUAAAAGUAAUAAUGUGAGACAUGCUAAUUUUUCUCAAAUCCCUUCCUGGUUCUCUUUGAAAAGCAGUCCUCCUUCAUUGAGGACCAAUCCAAAUAAACAAGGCGAAGUUGAAAACUUGCAUUUGAUUUCUUUGACCAAACAAGGGAAGCUUAGAGAAGUGCAUGAAUUCAUUGAAAGGAUGGACAAAGAGGGUAUUUCCAUUAAUACCCAAUCUUAUGAAUAUCUCUUUAAAAUGUGUGGAACGCUGAGAGCAUUGUCUGAUGGAAGAUUAUUUCAUAAUAGACUGCAGGGAUUCUCCAACAGCAAUAGAUUCAUUGACAAUUGCAUCCUCCAAAUGUAUUGUGACUGCAAAAGUUUCACAGCUGCUGAGAGAUUCUUUGAUAAAAUGGUUGAUCGGGAUUUGUUCUCUUGGGCCACCAUUGUAUCUGCUUACACAAAGGAAGGGCAUACAGAUGAAGCUGUUAGAUUGCUCUUGCAUAUGCUGGAUUUAGGGAUUAAUCCGAACUCCUCUAUCUUCAGUACACUUAUUAUGUCCUUUGCAGAUCCUUCAAUGUUAGACCUUGGCAAACAGAUACAUUCUCAGCUGAUAAGGAAUGGGUUUGCUGCUGAUAUUUCUGUGGAGACAUUAAUCUCCAAAAUGUACGUCAAGUGUGGGUGGUUGGAUGGUGCUGAAGUUUCCAUUAAUAAGAUGACUAGGAAAAAUGUUGUUGCAUGCACCAGGUUGAUGGUGGGUUAUACUCAAGCUGCAAGGCACAGUGAUGCUAUGUUUUUAUUUGCCAAGAUGAUAAGUGAAGGUGUAGAGUUGGAUGAAUUUGUCUUUUCUAUAGUGCUCAAGGCUUGUGCUGCUUUAGGAGACUUAUACACUGGAAGGCAAAUUCAUAGUGUUUGUAUAAAACUUGGCUUGGAAUCUGAGGUCUCGGUUGGUACUCCACUUGUGGACUUUUAUAAUAAGUGUGCAAGAUUUGAUGCUGCACAUCGAGCUUUUGUGACCAUAUGUGAACCUAAUGAUUUCGCAUGGAGUGCUUUAAUUGCUGGAUACUGCCAAAGUGGUAGAUUUGACACUGCUCUAGAGGUAUUUAAGACAAUAAGAAGUGAAGGAGUGUUAUUGAAUUCAUUCAUCUAUACCAACAUUUUUCUAGCGUGCUCUGCUGUCUCAGAUUUGAUGUGCUGUGCUCAAAUCCAUGCAGAUGCAAUAAAAAAGGGGCUAGUUUCGUUCUUGUCUGGGGAGAGUGCUAUGAUCACUAUGUACUCAAAAUGUGGCAAAGUAGAUUACGCAAAACAAGCAUUUUUGACAAUAGACAAACCUGAUACUAUUGCGUGGACUGCAAUAAUAUCUGCUCACGCUUACCAUGGCAAAGCUUCUGAAGCAUUGAGUCUUUUUAAACAGAUGCAGAGGUCUGGUGUAAGGCCAAAUGCCGUCACAUUCAUAGGUUUGUUAAAUGCUUGUAGCCAUUCGGGUUUAGUUAAGGAGGGGAAGCAGUUUUUGGAUUCAAUGAGCGACAAAUAUGGUGUGAACCCAACAAUUGAUCACUACAAUUGCAUGAUUGAUAUAUACUCUCGUGCUGGAAUGCUACAGGAGGCUCAUGAGAUGAUAAGGAGUCUGCCGCUUGAACCUGAUGUGAUGAGUUGGAAAAGUUUAUUGGGAGGAUGUUGGAGCCAUAGGAAUCUUGAGAUUGGUAUGAUUGCAGCUGACAAAAUCUUUCACCUGGACCCGCUAGAUUCUGCUACUUAUGUGAUCAUGUUCAACUUGUGUGCUUUGGAUGGGAAGUGGGAUGAGGCGGCCCAAUUUAGGAAGAUGAUGGCUGAAAGGAACUUGAGGAAGGAAGUCAGUUGCAGCUGGAUUAAUGUGAAGGGUAAAGUCCACCGUUUUGUGGUAGGUGAUAGACACCAUCCUCAAACAGAACAAAUAUACUCAAAAUUGAAAGAACUUAAUUUUUCUCUCAAAAGGGAUGGGGAGUGCCUUCUCAACGAAGAGGAUGCUCUAUCUGACUUUACUGAACGCAAAGAGCAGCUUCUUGUUCAUAGCGAGAGACUGGCUAUAGCCUAUGGUCUCAUGUGCACCUCAGCUGAGACCCCCAUUAUGGUAUUCAAAAAUACACGGUCAUGCAAAGACUGCCAUGAUUUUGCAAAACGAGUCUCAAUAGUAACUGGUCGUGAAUUAAUUGUGAGAGAUGCCACCAGGUUUCAUCAUAUCAAUUCAGGGGAUUGUUCUUGCUGUGAUUAUUGGUGAUUUCAGCUUAGUUUGUUUAAUGUUCUUAGCGGGAUGAUUUUUCUUAAUGCUGCAUUAAUUACAGUAUGGAAUCAUAUAUCAUUUUAUAUUGACAAUUGGAUAUGCAGAGCUUGUGUGAGGUUACUGCAGAUAAGGCAUCAUAAACCACUGCAUUGUACAAAACUCCUUUUUGCACUGUAGAUAUGCAGAACUUUGUCACCCUUCAUGUUAAUUCAUCUAGGUCGACAGCUGGUUUUUUGCAGAAGUUGUCGAAGAAAGGACUAUGCUUUAGUGCUAUCACCACUAAAUGCCUGAAAGUCUUCGAUCUCUAUGGUAGUUAUUGAGUCUGGUCAAUCCAAGAGGCAUGAUGUGCAUGUGAUGUGAAGACACUUCAACGUUCAAGGCUUAAUAGCAAUCAUCAGAGUAAUAAAUGUGUAAUAAUAUAAAUGGUAAAUACCUCGAAAUAGUUGUUUAUCUAUAUUAUUUUUAGUGAAAUGAGUAUAAGUAUUUAAAGAUGAGGUUAUAUCA